AUGGCCGAAAAAACAGUUGUACACGAUGCUGGAGAAAACACUGGUGGAUCUGAUUCUGAGACCGGAGGGUCUAGUAUCAAUGAGAGUGCCCUGUUGAGAAAGUUAGACUUCAGACUUUUGCCCGCGGUGGGAGUCUUGUAUCUUUUAUCUUUUCUUGAUCGAAGCAAUGUCGGCAAUGCUCGUAUCGAAGGUCUCCUUAACGAUGUACAUAUGACCGGGAACCAGUAUCUCACGGGGUUAACACUUUACUUCGUGGGAUAUGUCCUAUUUGAGAUUCCGUGCAACAUAAUACUCAAACGUACGACACCGCGUAUUUGGUUGCCGACAUUGACCAUAGUUUGGGGUGUUGUUGCAACUUUGACCGGAAUUGUCCAGAAUUUGCCAGGCUUUCUCUAUGUGAUAAAUCCUUUCAUUAUGUGGCCAUGGAACCGAAUUUGGUCUACUCUACGAAUAGAGAAACUCAAUAGGCUAUGGAUUCAAAGCCCCAUAUACCAUAUUAACUCUAAGCAGGCUGAAAGUGGUCUCUUCCCGGGAGUGGUGUUUUACUUCUCCAUGUGGUAUAAGAGGCGGGAACGGCAAUAUCGUAUAUCCCUCUUCUUCAGCGCUGCAUCUCUAGCUGGUGCGUUUGGCGGUAUCUUAGCUUAUGGCAUUGGUAGAAUGGGAGGCAUCGUGUGGUCGAAUGGAUGGCGCUGGAUCUUUAUAUUGGAGGGUAUUCUUACAGUUCUCGUAGCCGCUGCAGCGUAUGGAUUUAUCCACAACUACCCGGACACUUCGAAGUUCUUAAGCGAAGAUGAGCGAAAGUUCAUUCAUCAGCGCUUAGCAGCUGAUAGUGAUGCAACUCACGACGAACGGUUUACGUGGGGAGCCGUCGCAGAGGCAUUGAAAGAUUCAAAUUGUUGGCUUUACGGUCUAGGCUUUCAUACCAUGAGCUUGCCUCUCUAUACGCUGUCUUUAUUUCUCCCGACGAUUAUAUCCAAUCUAGGUUACACGGCAGCAACAGCACAAUUACUUACGGUGCCACCUUACGCCUUCGCAUUCCUAACAACCGCUACGAUAGCUAUUCUUUCCGAGCGACUCGGCCAAAGAGCGAUCUUUAUCGGCGGAUCCGCUAUUUUCGCAGCUAUCGGUUAUGCGAUCCUCCUCAGUAACGCCGAUCCGAUCGGCAGACCAGGGGUCAGUUAUGUCGGCGUGUUCUUCGCAGCAGGGGGCAUCUUUCCGGCUACUGCUUUGGUAUUGUCGUGGCCCGCUAUCAACGUGUCCGGCCAGACCAAGAGAGCCAUAGGUAACGCUAUGCAAAUAAGCAUCGGAAACCUAGGUGCUGUAUUAGGGACUCAAUUAUACCGUGCUACUGAUGGCCCGAGAUUUAUUGUAGGCCAUUCUUUGGCGCUCGCGUAUCUCCUGGCCAACGCAGUGGUUGUCACAAUCUUGGGAAUAAAGUUGAAAAGAGAAAAUAAAAGGCGGGAGACCAUAGCAGAAGAAAUAAAGCACGUUGGAGAAGUUGCGGAUUGGAGGGGAGAUUCGGACCCGAGAUGGCGUUUUGAGUACUAA